AUGAUCGAGCGUGGUCUCUUAUCGUCCGCUGCCGUGGACGACACUCCACGCUCUGUUCGGCGCCGAGGCCACAGCAAUCCCCGACGACCUCGUGUGCUUUCAAGCGACUCAGUUGGCACUGAGUCUGAGAUCAUCUCAGUUCUUGUGGAAUCCUCGAGCACGUCGCGUGUGUGCGACAUCGAGGUUGCACACCCUCCACGUGACGCAGCCGAGAUCACGCAGUUGCCUGAUCUCCCAUGGAAGCAUUUCCUGAGCGACUUGAAGAAGGGCGACAUCGAGCAAGUGUGCAUGCUCGUGCACAAAGCCACUGCGUGUGCCGCAGCGGUCGAAGUCGACGCCGAUGACCCAGCGUCCGAUACCGGGACUCGACCAAAAGGGGCCGAGCCGAAGAGCGCCCGUGAGGCGCGCUAUGCUGCUCAAUCGUUGCCGGCACUCGAGGCCUCCGGCAACCCCGUCGCUCCUCUCGUCCGGGAGUACAUUGACAUCUUCCCGGACAAGGUCCCACCCGUCCUCCCCCCUGAUUGUGGGGUCCAGCACAAGAUCGACCUCGUACCCGGUUCCAAGUACUGUGCGACGCGGCAGUGGCCGCUUCCCCGAGAUCAAGUAGAGGCAAUUGAUGCCUUCUUCGAGAGUCGCCGGCAAGCCGGUCACAUGGUGCUCGACACCAUGUCUGGCAGCACGAAGUACAGUGCCAUAGAUCUGAUGGACGGGUUCUAUCAGAUCCCCAUGCGUGAAGAAGACAUGCCGUUGACCGCUGUCAGCACGCAGAGCGGGAUGCUAUGGGAAUGGUUGGUGAUGGCGCAGGGGCUUAAGAAUGCCCCGGCCACUUUAAAUAGGAUGGUUCGUGUCGAGGACGGCAUGACCGACGUCGAGGUACAUCUGGAUCAUCUCCGCCAAGUGUUCGAGGUGAUGCGGGAGAACAAGCUGUACGCCAACUUGAAGAAGUGUAUCUUCUGUGCUCCCGAGAUACCAGUGCUUGGGAGCUACGACCAGAAGCAGCUCCGACAGUGGUUGGGGCUCGCGACGUAUCUCCAUCAUUACUCGAAGAACUUCGCGCUGACCAUCCAACCGCUGUCUCAACUGCUGAAAGCAGACGUCACGUGGUCGUGGCGCCCCGAGCACCAAACGGCCUUCGACGAUCACUCGAAGCCCUUCCAUGUUGUGUGCGAUGCGAGUGACUUCGCGAUCGGCUGCGCCUUGAUGCAGUUUGACGACGAAGGACGCGAGCGAGUGGUGAGUUACCAAUCGCGUCUAUUGAAGCAGGCAGAACGGAAUUGUCCGGUCCAUGAUACGGAGCUGCUUGCCAUGCGCUACGCACUCAUCAAGUUCCGCGUGUAUCUCCUGGGUGAGAAAACCUUCACGAUCUACACAGACCACGCGUCGCUGAGGACACCGACGAAGAGCCCUCACUUGUCCCAGCGCAUGGCGCGCUGGCUGUCCCUGUUCUCCGAGUACAACUUCGUCGUCCAUUACAAGCCGGGCAAGACAAACAUCCUCGCCGACGCGUUAUCGCGUCGGCCAGACUACGUGCGGUCAGGUCGCCACGCGAAUGGCGAUGAAGAUGACGACGAUUGUGCUGUGUGUGUCGCCGAAGGAGUAGCUGCGGUCGAGGUUGCUGCGACCAGUCCACUGCGCGACCUGAUCUCGGCUGCGUACGGCUCGGAUGCAGAGUGCGCCGAGAUGUUGAAGUACCUGCGGGACCCGUCGAACAUGGCGCGACGCCGACUGUCUUCGCGUAGCCGCGCCCGUGUCGAUCGCUACGCCCUGGAUGGCAACCUGCUGACAUAUUGCGUUGACCACUCGGAUCCUCCACGCAUCGUCCUCCCCCUGGGCGACGAUCUUCGUGCUCGUUUAAUACAUGAGUUUCACGACAUCCCGAGUGGUGGCCACCUUGGACGCGAGAAAACGUUCGCGUCGCUGUCCGGUGACUUCUACUGGCCGCAUAUGUAUAAGUCGGUGCGGAAGUGGGUACGCUCGAGUGAAGCGUGCCAGCGUGUCAAGCCGUCUCCGUCGAAUCAAGCGCCCCUUCGACCACUUCCCGUCGCGACAGACCCAUGGUCCUCGGUGAGUAUGGACUUUGCCUUCGGGCUGCCUCGCGAUGCUCACGACCGCACUGGUGUUCUCGUCUUUGUUGACCGCUUCAGCAAGAUGGUG